AUGCGGCAGUUGUGUACUACGCCUAGUCAGGACGGCGUCGUAAGGCUCGACUUGCAAGCGCUGUUCAUGUUUCCCUCGAGCGAAUACCUCAGAAGCCUGAGUACCUCCGAUCAGAAGCGAUACAGCCAGAAGUUAUUUGUUUACGGUGUCCAAUGCCCUGAUCCUAACGGCAUACCAGAGAGCGAUUGGAUCAAAGAUGCCGAUGCAAAGCGACUGUGCCCACCGGUGAAGAUGACAAACGUGGUCAUUUAUCUGCUCUUUUCACCGAGCCAGUUCACGCCCGAAAGCAUUGAGAACUACAAAUCUUUGGAAGCCUACAACUACUUUGAGUCAGGACUUGUCCGAAAAUGCCGCAUGUGGAGGCCACAAGGUGGCAAGAUUUCUUUUACACGUGCUGAAGUGAUGCCGUCGCAAACUGCGUCAGUGAAAGGCCACGAUGUGUGGUUAUGUAUUGACAAACUGACGGGACAAGUGCUGGCUGGCCACUGCCAAUGCAAAGCAGGGCUGGGUGAGGUGUGCAGUCACGUUGCUGCUACACUUUUUGCCCUCGAAUCAGCAGCUCGUGAACAGAUGGACAUGUCGUGUACAUCGCAACCAUGUGCUUGGAAAGCGGCCACCUCCAAGAAGGGCACCAUGGUUCCUUUGGAUGAACUUAAUUUAAGCAGACCAGGUAAGCAGCCUCGCAAGCUUGCUGCUGAACCAAAGCACACAUGCGAAUCCUUCAACUCCAGUGACAAGGAGAUAUUUGAAAGACUGCAGAAAGCAAGUUCCAGUGCCGUAGUCCUCCGAAGCAUUCCUAAACUUGAUCCAGAGGACACGGACUCUGCCACAGAGGACGAGGAAAUGUAUACAUUUUUAAGGAAUGCUAAAAAAUCCCGAAGCACGAAGGAGAGAUAUCUGGAAGAUAUGUUUAUUCCCCUCACAGAGAUUGAAAGAAUCGAGAAGGGUACAAGGGUAUCAACGAAAUCUCCCUUGUGGUAUGAAGCCAGAUAUGGAAGGCUGACUGGAACUACAAUGCACAGGAUCCGAACAUUCAAGGCAUCUACAAAUGUUCAAGGGUUCCUGAAAAGCAUUCUUCAGCGCCGACCCCUUCUAAAUGUUGAAUCCAUCAAGUGGGGUCAGGAUAAUGAACGAACGGCUAAAGGGCAUUACUUUGACUACAUGAAGUCACAACACCGCAACUUUGAGCUCCACGACAUUGGCUUUGUGAUAGACCCCGACGCUCCCUUCCUUGGUGCAACCCCUGAUGGGUUGUGGCAUUGCAGCUGCCAUGGUGUGGGCCUCUUAGAAGUAAAGUGUCCAUGGUCCCUCAAGGAGCCUCACCACAAAGUCAUGGAGGCCUCAUAUUUGACUGCUGCAGGGAAUCUCUCAGAGCAGCACCCAUAUUACACCCAAAUUCAGACUCAACUGCAUGUCUGUAGAAAACAGACUUGCCAUUUUGUUGUUUGGCUGCCCCACCAGUUUGCAGUAAUUAAUGUCAGUUACAGCCCCAGAUUUUUCAAACCUCUUUUGGAGAAGGCACGUAUAAUAUGGGUUGAGCAUGUGCUUCCUGCUCUAUUUUGA